GAAAGUCUUGCCAAUCUCUGGCCACCCUCGCGCGAGCGGGACAGAGUGUCCGGGAGCCCGGCCAUGAUUUGUGCCAGUACCCGAAAUUUGUAGAAUAGUGUCAAUCAGAACCUCAGGCGAGUAGGUCACCUGUGCAAAAGGAGAGUAAGUGUGAAUUGCGCGUGCCACUCGUAGUGCGAAUUAUGGCAAUUUUUCUCCCAAAAUAAGUAAACUAGCAGAGAUUUUAUCAAGAUGGAAAUUGGAGAGUCUUCAGUGCAUUUACCACUUGAUUUUAGUGUUAGUGAGAAGAAUCAUUUCAACAGACAAUUGACUGAGAGCAAAUCUAUGAUGCUCACACAGCAAAAUGGUUCAACGUCAAGUGCUUUCAAAGUGGUCACGCCAAAAGGGAAAACCGACGUUCUCAAUGGCGGCGGAAUUCCACUCCUUUUCAAUGGAAACUUCAUGAAUCCCUACAGAUUUAUCAACCCCAUUGCCCCACGUGUAAUUGGAGCGGGAAUAACGGACCUGACAAAUGGCAGUGACAGUUCAAAGUGCAAAGAUGAAAUAAAAUUCGGCGUGAACCGUCUGGUGGAGCGAGUUGACUCUGAAGAUGAGGACAACAACAACAGCACGUAUCAUCACAAGACGCCACCAUCUGUUUGCGAUUCACCAUCGAACUUGAGCAUUGUGCGCAUUAAGUCGCGAUCGAGAAGUCGCUCAAAGUCACCAGAGGGAUCGAGGUCGAGAUCAAGUUCCCCAGAACUUGAAGUUGAUUCGCCUCCACCUCCCAGAAUCACUGAGUCGCCAACUACGGAGAUUUCAAGUCAGCUGGUGAAGAAGUCUGAGGCCUUCUCAGUCUCCGCCUUGCUUCGACAGGAUCAACCAAAAACCGCAAAAUCCCCAACAACCAUUUCCAAUACCUUCGACAUGCUGAGGCCUAACUAUCCGCCAAUGUACGAUCACAACAUGCUUUCCAGGCCCCUGUUCCACCCAUUUCCCUGGAUUGCAGCUGUAGCUUUGCAGCAAGGACAACAGGUCGCUAACUCACCUUCCAAUUACCAUCCCACUACCAGUGAGGAUUUCGUGAGAUUUCGCAACUUUAUGACCCAGAACGCCGCAGGCGCAGCCUCGGGAAACCACCUGAACUUCACCCAUCCCCAUCACGUGCACCACCAUCACUUCUUCAUGCGUCAGGGCAUGCCACCGCUCAUCGGUGACAUCUUCUCAUGCAUCAAGUGCGAGAAGAACUUCUCAACGGCACACGGACUUGAGGUUCACGCUCGAAGAUCCCACAAUGGCAAACGACCAUUUGCCUGCGAGCUGUGCAACAAGACCUUCGGCCAUGAAGUUAGUCUAAGUCAACACAGGGCUGUGCAUAAUGUAGAAAAGGUUUUCGAGUGCAAACAAUGCGGGAAAGCCUUUAAGAGAUCGAGUACCUUGUCAACACACCUCCUUAUUCACAGUGACACGAGGCCAUACCCGUGCUCCUUCUGUGGCAAGAGAUUCCACCAGAAGAGUGACAUGAAGAAGCACACUUACAUUCAUACUGGUGAAAAGCCACACAAAUGCCAAGUAUGUGGAAAAGCCUUCAGCCAGAGCUCCAACUUAAUUACCCACAGUCGAAAGCACACAGGAUAUAAGCCAUUUGCCUGUGAAUUGUGCCACAAAGCAUUCCAGCGGAAAGUCGAUUUGCGACGCCACAAGGAGACACAGCACACCGAACUAAGACCACUGGUCAACUAACCACCAGAAUGACUCAACUCCUGGACCAGGCCAAGACAAGGAGGACCGCCUCUCGCCCAGGAAACCAUCAAAUUCCACACAUUUUUCCCGCCACUCCUCAGCAAAACUGUGGAAGAAUUUUAAUUGUUACAAUUCUCUAUAUAUUGCUUCAUCUCGCAAGAGAAGAAAUGGCGAGGCGACAGUGAGAUUAUAUCCUUUAUUGUGGUGCUAUACUAAGAGAAAAUGUAUAAAAUCAUAGAGAAAACUCCUUCUUUCCCCUCAACAGUGUGGAGCCAAAAGCAAACCAUUCACUAAACCUAAGUCAAUUUAAGCCCCAGUGCAAUGAUUGUGAACCAAAAAGCGUGACAUUUUACGAGCGCACUUUCCCAUUAAAUGAAUGCGAAAUUCCACUAGGAAAUCACCAAAAAAGAAAGACAUACCGAAAGAAAGAAGAUACAUUUUACAGUGUUUUAAAGUGUACAUAAGUAUGAAUACCAAUAAGAUUUAAGGUUUAGCUAAAGAAACCAUAUAUGUAAUUAUGUACUUGAUCUUGCAAAAAUGAUCAUUCCCUUAAUUCACAUCUCAAAGUAUUCUCGAGAUUCCAUCAAACGCAUCUUUAUAGUGGAUAGAAUAAAUGUUUAAUCAAUAUACAUACACAUAUUAUUUAAUAGCUAGACAAAGACACAAUUCUUCUCCAAUUUUGUUAAACUAAAAAGUCUCUAGAGAUAUUUAAAAUCAUUUUGUAUGAGAAUAGCCAAAUAAAACUUAACUAGAGUGUAAUAAAAGUGUAAUUCUCCUAAGUAUGAAAACAAGAUGAAUACAGUAGUCAAAAUGUGAAGAACAUACACACACAGACACACAAUUUGGCAACUGUACAUACCAUUUUCCAAAGAUAAUUCAAUAUAAAAUCAUUGUAAAUUUAAUUGAAAAUACUGUUUAGGUGUAAAAGAUGAAAAUAUUGUCAAUGUUUUCUUUUUAAUAAAAAAAUACUAAGAAAAACACACCAA